AUGGAGUUUAUGGAUAUCGUCGGGGAGCUGCGGGCCCUCCCCGACAAUGUCCACAUUUUAUGCCCUCGACAACACGAUGACGACCACGCACGUUACGAUGAUCCGAACGAGGUGGACGAAGCCGGCAGAAGCGUUGCGGAGCUAGUGGCCGAGGCGACGAGUCGCAGAGAAAAGUUUUUGUCGUGCAUGCGGAUAUUGGCAUACAACCAGGAGGGCGUGGAGGAGCUGCAGACUUGGAUCUGGCGCAAGCUGGACGACGCGCUCGAAAAAUGCGACCUUUGCAUCAAGCAAUACUAUACAGGCAAGAUUUGGCUCAUUGAGCAGCUCAAGGAGAAUUACGAUGACGAGGAUAUCGAGAAAUUCGCGCGCAUGCUUGACGAAUGGGAUAUCAAGAGAAUCACUAAGCACCUGGCUGUCGCUACGGCGAAAUUAAAAUCAAUUGCGCCUCAGGAGAUUGGUCUUCACGUGUUGGAUCGUGCGUCUCUAUUGUCUAUCUUCGAGACCUUGAGUUGUGAAGCUAUGCUACGCAAUAACGCUCUGCUGCAGGAGCACUUCGACGAACCCUUCCGGCUUAUUCAGACAAAGCGUAGUCUCAAAGUCUCGGAUUAUGUUCCCGCUGUCACUCGCUUCCUAUUUGACCCCAAUCAGAAUCGCAGCUUUUGGGCUAUUCACUCCUGGAUGCGCUAUUCUCGGCCUCCUACCGCAACUGAAUUCGAUUGGGCGAUCAAAGAGGGACUUCUCGAGGUGUUGAAGGCUGCUUCUCAGCAGCCACCCCAAAUAGCUGUCAUUCAGCGACUUUGGCGCGGCAUGCAGUUGGUCGUGAAGCGAUUGGAUAAGGACCAGAUCACGCAUCACCUGCGGGCUCUUGAGAUAGACCCAUGCCGUCUCUCCGUGGAACACCUUGGGAUACAAUCUCCGGCGUUGCGUUUCCUCCUGAACACGAUCCAGAUCUUUCUGGAAAAGUCCCCAGGCGAUUUCUGGGACGCAAUGCAAACCAUUUCUCCGCAAGCCAUCAUCGAGCUCGUCUUCUACAAUCCCCAGCUAGAGGCGUUUAUGAUGCAAAUUACGGAGGGCGAGCCUUACGAAAAGUCCCCCUUGAAGGAUAUGCUCUCAUGGGUCAGCCCGUUCAUGUCCUCCCUGAAAGGCGCACACCAACCUUCGGCCUGCAGAUCUCUAGUCUAUCAGCUUCUGGAUCGACUCCAAGAUCCCCGCUUCCCAAAUCUGGCCAGAUACCAUUGUUUUCAUGUGGGACUAACGAGCCUGCUUCAGACGCUUCGCAGCUUCACUGACAACGAAGCCUCACGCGGAUCGGUGGCCCGCAUUGUACUCUCGGAGACCAUGGGGGUGGUGAGCGCGAACAUCGAGACGAUCUUGAAGCCCCCCCAAUUUGCAGUGGAGCAAAGGCGUCAGGAGGAGAUAGCUUCUCUAUGCAUGGAUGUUGUGCGUAACACCUUGGCGCUGGAGUGUCAGUCUCUCAAGAGCGACUAUGAAGUUAUUCUGCGGCAAAAUACUCUUCAGCAUGGCGUAAGCACGUAUUCAGCGCCUAUCUGGGAAGCUGUCGUCAGAAGCUUGCAUGAGGACAAUCUUCCGCUUUCAACAUCAGCGCUGCUUGGUAUACUGCCUCUUGUUGGGUUGGAGAAGUUCCCAGUCAAAGGCGAAUCCAACCCGGAGAAGACAAAUUUCAACGAGAUUUAUGGGCACUUGACUCGGCUUUCGUGCCAAAUCAUUGAACGCCUUGCGGACUUCAAGCCAGAGCAUCUCAAUGAACUAUUCAAGAGUCAAGAUACCAGUAGUGCACUGAUCUCUGCCCUGUUUGCAGCUGAUCUGGACACUUACCAAGCUGCUGUGGAUCUCAUCAAGAACAUGAGCGGCCAGUCGGCUAGAAGGGAUGCCAUCUCGCAUCUGCUGCAGUCCUUUUUCACAACCACAAUGUACGGACUGAGCUGGUCUUUCCGGCGUAUCUCGAACAUGAAGACAUUUGCUUCUGCCCCAAGGAUGCUGCACACAGGAACAGAUAUAGUGGACAUUCUAUGUGACAGUCAAACUGGCAUACUCAGAACCCGUAAGCUUGCUGAUCGACGAGAGAUCCUCUCGCUCCAGAAGCUUUGGGAGUAUCUAUGGCAAGCGUUGACUACAAUAUUCGACGAGACUGAAUCGUGGCAUCUGAGAGGCAACGAUAAAGCAGUGAUGUUGGAAUUUUGCCGUGAUACCAUUCAGUUUGCAGAUCUGCUUUUUGACCAGUGUGGUGUCUUUCUGAGCGCUGUUGUCGAUGCAGAUCCCAACCAAGAAGCUUCCGGCCAGGAGAACUUCCUCAAGUCUCCGACAACAACGAUGAGUGCAAUGGUCAAGUGGCUGCGCCUCAAGGAUGAAUAUUUGGCGACAACUCUGGUGGGACUGGUGGCUAAACUCCUCCGCCGCUUAGGAGAGCUCAGUGUCACGACCGUCAAAGAUGAUGCUCUAAACUUCAUUGAAGGCGUUGCGGUGAAGUCCACCAUCAAAACCAUCCUAACCUUGCGGGAAAAAGCAGAACUAGUCCGUGCUCUGGAAGCAUACUACAAGAAACCGGUCGUCACAGCAUCUACUGCCAGCCUCAAGAAACAGAGCAUGAUUACAGCCUUUGCCAAGCCAGCUGGAGUAUCUGCUACACCCAGUCCAGCCAAAAUUAGUGACGAUGAAUUCGAUGAAGACAAUGUGCCAGAUGAUGUGUUGAUGCAGCUGUCACGAUCUGUCGAACUCAACAAACAGAGACUAGCAACCGAAGCCAAGAGAAAAGCAGAAAAGGCCGCAAAGGCUCUCCCUGCGAUUCCCAAGCCUGCUCCUGCACCGUUGAAAUCCAAUGUUACCGUUCAGUCUUUCCGCGAGAAACGUGAGAAAGAGAAGGAAGCCAAGAGAAAGCGUGACCUUGCUGAGCUUGCGCGGUUGAAGAAGAAUCUACCUGCUCGUGGUGUUGCGGAACAAACAGCUGAGCAAGGUUCUGGCUUGAGUGGUCUCGGAGUCAAAGGCAAAGUCCAUACAACCGAGGAAAGCAUGAUGGUUUCUUCUGGUUCGGAAUCCGAGUCGGAAAGCGAAGACGAGCUUGACAAAGAACUCUUUGGGGCGAAGGCCAGAUCGAAGCCGGACGCAGUCAAAGCUUACGAAGAAAGUAAGAAGUUGUCGCUUAAGCAACAGGGGCCCGUGAAGAAAAUCAAGCAGGUCCGCUCUGCGAAAGACAUGCGAGCACGGUUGGCUCCCGAUCUAUCUUCCCUGCAUCGGACAAUCCUUGGUUGGGACUUCUUCGCGAAUGGCGAUCUUCCACCGAACUCGGGACGUACUGAUUACAGUUUGGUUUCCAACACCUUCAGAGAUCCUAUUGAAUAUCAGAAGACGUUCGAGCCUCUUUUGAUAUUGGAAGCCUGGCAGGGGUUCAACUCUGCGAAAGAGGAAGGCACGUUCAGACCAUUCGAGAUCAAGGUUGCUACGCGUCUUUCUGUGGACUCUUUUGUCGAAGUAAGCACAAUUUUACCGUCCAUGGAGGCCAAGGACUAUGGUAUUGGCGAAGCGGAUAUUAUCCUUCUCUCCAAAUCAAGCAGGCCAACUUCAGAUUCCUCUGCUCCUCACUGCCUUGCAAGAAUUGCUAGUGUCAACAGAAAGAGGGGAACAGUCGAGGUUUCGUAUCGUGUGAACCCCGGAAACCCUUUCAUCAAUUCUCUUGCUCCUGGUGCCAUGAUCUGGGGUGCAAAAAUCACAUCAUUGACCCCUCUUGAGCGUGAAUAUGGUGCUUUGAUGGCCUUGCAAUACUAUGAUCUGUGCGAGGAAGUCAUCAGGGCCAAGCCAUCGCCAAUCCUUAAAUACUCCGAUGCCACCCUCAAACCGAUCGCAGAAAAUUACAAUGUCAAUCCUGCUCAAGCGAAGGCGAUCAAAUCUGCUCUCGACAACGAUGCCUUCACAUUGAUUCAAGGUCCUCCAGGUUCCGGAAAAACCAAAACGAUCGUUGCCCUUGUAGGCGCCCUUCUUAGCAAUGUCCUGGGCAACCAAGGCGUAGCUAUUUCGCGGCCAACGGGGGUGACCAAUUCGAGACCACCCGUGAGAACUACCACAUCGAAAAAGCUUCUCAUUUGCGCUCCCAGUAAUGCCGCUGUCGACGAAUUGGUCAUGCGAUUCAAGGAAGGAGUCAAAACAAUCCAGGGCAGACAAGAGAAGCUCUCUGUCAUUCGUCUAGGCAGAAGUGACGCAAUCAACACAAACGUCCUCGAUGUGACUUUGGACGAGCUGGUCAACGCGCGAUUAAGCCAAAAUCCACGCAAAGACGGAGGGGAAAGAGAUUUACAGAAGAUCUACAUGGAACACAAAGCUGCAGAUACUGCGUUCAAAGAAACCCGCGCUAAGAUCGAUCAAUGCAGAGCUCAGGGCUUGCCAGUUCCCGAAGAGCUAUCACGAGAGUUCGAUUUGAUGAAGAAGAAGAAGACACAGCUCAGCCAAGAAAUCGAUACUGCUAGAGACAGGAAUCAUUCGGCAGCGCGUGAUGCGGACUUGAAUAGGCGGCGUAUCCAGCAGGAGAUCAUUGAAGGGGCCCAUAUCAUCUGCGCCACUCUCAGUGGCAGUGGUCACGAGAUGUUCCAGAAUCUAAGCAUUGAGUUUGAGACUGUCAUCAUCGAUGAGGCCGCUCAGUCUAUUGAACUUAGUGCUUUGAUCCCUCUCAAGUAUGGGUGCUCCAAAUGUAUUCUUGUCGGAGAUCCAAAGCAGCUGCCGCCUACUGUUCUAUCGAAGGUUGCCUCCAAAUUCCAGUACGAGCAGAGUUUAUUCGUCAGAAUGCAAGCCAAUCAUCCAAGGGACGUGCAUUUGCUAGAUACUCAGUAUCGUAUGCACCCGGAAAUCAGUGCUUAUCCCAGUGCUGCCUUCUAUGACGGAAAACUACGGGAUGGGCCUAACAUGGCUCAACUUCGCGCUCGUCCAUGGCAUCAAAGCGAACUGCUCAGUCCGUAUCGAUUCUUCGACGUCCAAGGUCUCCAUCAGAAUACUACGAAGGGACACUCUCUAAUCAACUUGGCGGAACUUCGGGUAGCCAUGCAAUUAUAUGAACGAAUUACCACAGAUUUCCGCGACUAUGACUUUAGUGGAAAGAUAGGUAUCAUCACCCCUUACAAGGGUCAGUUAAGGGAGCUGAAGACGCAGUUUGCUGCGAGGUAUGGAAAUUCUAUUUUCAACAAGGUCGAUUUCAAUACAACGGAUGCUUUCCAGGGUCGAGAAAGUGAGAUUAUCAUCUUUUCUUGUGUCAGAGCCUCCAAUAAAGGAAUCGGUUUCUUGUCGGAUAUUCGUCGUAUGAACGUCGGUCUGACACGUGCCAAGUCAUCCUUGUGGGUUCUGGGUAACUCGCAGUCUCUCGUGCAGGGCGAGUUCUGGAACGGUUUGAUCAAAGAUUCUCGUCGACGGAACGUCUAUACAAGUGGUGAUAUUCUGGAGAUCCUCCAGCGGCCACAAUUUACUGGUUAUAAGAAUGUGGACAUGAUGGACGCCGAGCCGCCGCAACCUACAGUUUCCCCACAGACCAUUGCAGUGCAAUCUACUUCAAGACCAUCUUCGGCCUCCCUUGAGCGGUCUACUCCAGAAUCCUCUCACCUGGUGCCUGCGUCUAGCAAAGCCACUCCCCCAGAACCAUUGCCUGAUAAGCCCUCCGGCGGCGCUAAUGGCUUGGACGAAACUCGCACAUGCGGUUAUUGUGGAAGCUUCGCCCAUAUGACGCCCAACUGUGACAACAUCGAUGCCAAGGAGGCGUCCCAAGGCAAAUGUUUUAGAUGCGGGAGCUCUGGGCAUACGCGCAGGGAUUGCACAACAGAACGAUGUUUACAGUGUGGUGCAUUCGGACAUGUCACGCAUGAUUGCCAAUCCUCUAAAGAGCUACCCAAGAGAGAGAAAACCCGAAUCGCACGAGAGGAAUAUCAUCAUGCUCAAAUGAAAAAACAGAGGACCGAGCGUCAACGACAAAAGCAGCUUGGAGGACACGAUCCCAAAGUACCGGUCCUACAAAUCUCCGACCCAUUGAUGCCUGAAAAAAAGGCGGAGCAAUCCAAGCCCGUUCAUAACAACGGACCCGUGAAGCGCAAGCGUAUGGACUCGGCGUCAUCUGAUCCUGCCAAGGUUUCUCGGCCUCGAGUAUCGGACCCUCUCAUUGCGAAUGCGCCUAAGGGUCCGCGACGCAAGAUCGAUACUAAUAUUCCGACAAAUGCGGAGGGUCUGGUCAAACCAUCGCGGGACGGGCCGGCGUUUGCCUCUAUUGGCCAAAAUAAGCCCUCGGACGGUGUGCAGCCGGGAGCAGGGUCGGCGAAUCCUACUCCUCGACCUCCGCCUCCUCGACCAGGCCAACAAGGAGCUCGGCCUCCACCUCCAAUGCGCCGGAAGAAAGAGGUUGAUCCUUUCAUCCGGCCGAAGAGAAGGUAG